CAGGGCGCGGCCGGGUUGCGGGGCGCGCGUGCGGGCCCAGCUUCCAGGAAGGCGGGUUCUCGGCGUUCCUGCUCGGCUCUCAGGCUCUGCACGCCCCCGCCCUUCCGGAGACCCCGGCCUAGCUGCCUCCCGCUUCUGGGAAGCUCCGGUUUGAACCAUGUUUUUCACUUGUGGCCCAAAUGAGGCCAUGGUGGUCUCUGGUUUCUGCCGAAGCCCCCCAGUCAUGGUGGCUGGAGGAAGAGUCUUUGUACUGCCUUGCAUCCAGCAAAUUCAGAGAAUUUCUCUCAACACACUGACCCUCAACGUCAAGAGUGAAAAGGUUUACACUCGCCAUGGGGUCCCCAUCUCAGUCACAGGCAUUGCCCAGGUGAAAAUCCAGGGGCAGAACAAGGAAAUGUUGGCGGCUGCCUGCCAGAUGUUCCUGGGGAAGACAGAGGCUGAGAUUGCUCACAUUGCCUUGGAGACACUGGAGGGCCACCAAAGGGCUAUCAUGGCCCACAUGACUGUGGAGGAGAUCUAUAAGGACAGACAGAAAUUCUCAGAGCAAGUUUUCAAAGUAGCCUCCUCAGACCUGGUUAACAUGGGCAUCAGCGUGGUUAGCUACACUCUGAAGGACAUUCACGAUGACCAGGACUAUUUGCACUCUUUGGGGAAGGCCCGAACAGCACAAGCAAAAGAUGCCCGAAUUGGGGAGGCAGAAGCCAAGAGAGAUGCUGGGAUCCGGGAGGCUAAAGCCAAGCAAGAAAAGGUGUCUGCUCAGUACCUGAGUGAGAUCGAGAUGGCCAAGGCACAGAGGGACUAUGAGCUGAAGAAGGCUGCAUAUGACAUUGAGGUCAAUACUCGUCGAGCACAAGCUGACCUGGCCUAUCAGCUUCAGGUGGCCAAGACUAAGCAGCAGAUCGAGGAGCAGCGGGUGCAGGUGCAGGUGGUGGAGCGGGCCCAGCAGGUGGCGGUGCAGGAGCAAGAAAUAGCACGCCGAGAGAAGGAGCUGGAGGCCCGCGUGCGGAAGCCCGCGGAGGCUGAACGCUACAAGCUGGAGCGGCUCGCGGAAGCGGAGAAGUCCCAGCUGAUUAUGCAGGCAGAGGCAGAAGCCGAAUCUGUGCGGAUGCGUGGGGAAGCCGAAGCCUUUGCCAUAGGGGCCCGAGCCCGUGCAGAGGCUGAGCAGAUGGCCAAGAAGGCAGAAGCGUUCCAGCUGUACCAGGAGGCUGCCCAACUGGAUAUGCUGCUAGAGAAACUUCCCCAGGUGGCAGAGGAGAUCAGUGGCCCCUUGACCUCAGCCAAUAAGAUCACACUGGUGUCCAGUGGAAGUGGGACCAUGGGGGCAGCGAAAGUGACCGGGGAGGUACUGGACAUCCUAAGCCGCCUGCCAGAGAGUGUGGAGAGACUCACAGGUGUCAGCAUCUCCCAGGUGAACCACAAACCCUUGCGAACAGCCUAAGCCCUCAGCUCAUGCCGGUGCCCAGCCUCCAAGUUGCCUGAAUGGUUCUGAUGCAUGCAUCCCAACUGACCCCUCAGAGGUUCUUUUGACAGUGGGGUUCCCCUACCAUCUCUCCUUGCCAAUAGCCUGUGCCUUGCCUUGAAGGGGGUUGCUCCCCUUCCUGAACCCAGGCUGUCAUGAUUAUCAGUGCCACAGGGGUCCCAUGAAGCCUUUGAUGAUCCCAUCCUACCCCAUCCCAACUUAUUUAACUUCCUAAUUAAACCAGAUUGUCUGAGCCUGUUGUCUAGGAUUCAUUCGACAAAAACUGAGGAAUGGUCUGGAGGUUCUUACCAAAUAAAUUGCUUAUUAAGUACUGAA